AUGGAACUAACUCCUAAAAUCCUAAACCCAGACGGCCACGAAUCAACACUCAGCAAAAGACCACGUUCUCAUAUGUUGGUUCGAGCCAGACUCUUCUUUUUCACUUUGCCAAUUCGAGAAAGCUAUCACGAUCGAUCCGUACCAAUACCUUAUCGCCGAGUGUUAGUUGGUCCAACGGGAAACGCCGAAAAUGAGUUUAACGUUAAGGUGAUAUUCUGGUAUUCGAAAGCUUUUGGAGGAAAAGAUAAUUAG